UUCUCUGUAUUCUCCCAUCACAUCUGGGAGUUCAGAUGGAGCUCCUGGCAGCACUGGUUGCUCUGCUCUGCAUCUACGCUCCAGUGUGUGGAGCUGCAAGAUGCAGUGGUUUAAGACACCUGGAGAACGGGCAGACGUUUUUCCGGUAUGGUGGACUGCUAGUGAUCUUCCGCUGUCGUCCUGGUUACAAGCUCCAUGGAUACAAAACCAACAGCUGUGUGUCAGGACACUGGUCCCGGGAUACCCCAGUAUGUGUUGGUACUGGCUGCUCCAACCCAGGGCCGCUCACCCACGGGACGAGCAGCAUGAAUGAGGAUGGCUCCUGGGCAGUGUUCAGCUGUAAUAGCGGCUUUCGGCUACAUGGGCCCUCAAUGUUAUACUGUAAGGGCCACACCUGGAAUAGUACAAAGCCUGUGUGCAAAGAGUCCGACAUGAUGAGCUCAGUCUUGGGUGUCAGUGUUCAAAAGCCAAACAUACACCAAGACUUCCAGGCUGCCGCAGUUUUGAAGACACAGCAACAAUCCCACUACGACAUCCUCGCCAAUACUGCCUCCAAAGAAACAAACCUCAAAUUCGGCUUGUUGUCUCACACGCAAUCCCAAAUGUCCCACAGGGAGAGGAUUAAAGUGACUAACCCCAAAGUCCACCUGCAGCAAGAUUUUCAGUUUCUUAAUUUGAAAGUCAAAGAUGGAGUCCAAACAACUCAUCAUGAGGCUCAACUUCAGGAGGCAAAUAAAGCUCAACGACCAGAAACUGGAACUGGAAGACAUGGCUCAGAGGCAAAAGCUUCACAGGAGGAAGCAAAGAAGCUGGAUGAAGUUGCCUCUAAAUCACAUCUAUCAACCACCACCUCAUCUACCUUAUCAUUAGUGUCAGGAACAGAAAGAUCAGCAUCUUCACCACCUUCAUUUUCAACAGCCCAUACACCUGCUGUCACAAAUGUGAUGUUUGCACCGACUUCACCUCUCCACCUCACAAAAUCUCCUUCCCCUGUGCUUGGCAGUGAAAAAGUGCCAAAGUUUGAAGAACCUGUCACAUCCUGGGAUGAUGUGAAUCCAUCUGAAGUGGUAACCAGCUCCUCACAAACUGCAGAUGAAGACCAACAGGCUGAAACUGUCCUCCAGUAUCCUCCACUGUCUCAGCCUGGGUCCGUAGAGAAAGAGGAGCCCACCGAGACGUCAAAAUACACUUUAUCUACUUUGGUUUAUUUGAUUUCUACCACUCUCUCCUCUACUUCAUCACCUGCUUCCUCUGCACCCUCCCUCUCUACCUCAACUACCUCAAGUCCCAGCUCCACCAAGUCCAAUGAUGUGCCUUCAAACACCUCCACCACCACUGAGCCAAGAUCUCACCAAACUAAAUACCACAACCUCACAGUGAACACCACCUCCAAACCACCUCUGCUGGCUGCAAGACUCAGACCCAUGUGCACGUACCCACCUGUGCCCGCUCACGGGACCUUCUACUUCCGGAAUGUAGAGAACCCAGGUCCCAGGGAGUACAGACAUUACAUACAGUACGCCUGCUACCCUGGUUACACGCUGGCUCAUGGAGACAUUCACAGCUACUGUCAGCAGGGGGGCACCUGGAGCGGAGUCACACCUGUUUGUCUGGAGUUGACACCAUGUUCAGUCAACAACGGAGGCUGUUCCCAGCUGUGCUCUCACUCCCAGCACCACAACCAGACCUCCAGUCAGACCCAAACCAGAACUCAGUGCCACUGCAGAGCUGGAUUCACUCUGCUGGAUGAUGGGCGGACGUGUCGAGAUUUAGACGAGUGUGUGGAGAGACAGCAUCAGUGUCAGCAGACAUGCAUCAACACAUUUGGUUCCUUUACGUGCAGCUGUGAUGACGGCUACAAGCCAGCUCCUGACCAGACGUCCUGCACAGACGUGGAUGAGUGCCUGCUGCCUGCAGCUGUAACAGGCUGUGUGUUUGGCUGUGUUAACACUCCUGGGAGCUUCUACUGUCAGUGUCCUGCUGGCUACAGCCUUCAGACUGCAGACAGCCACUGCAGAGAUAUAGAUGAGUGUGCUGCUAAUCAGGGGCUCGGGCCAUGUGCAGAGCAGUGUCACAACUCACCGGGAUCCUACCGAUGUUCCUGCACGUACGGCCACAUCUUAGCUGGAGACGGACACAGCUGCAUCGCUGAGUGUCCACCUGGAUACAGGAAGCAACCGACAGCAACACCUGAGAAUUCAACUGCACAAGCUUUAAGGGAGGAGUGUGUAGAUAUAAAUGAGUGCGAGGAGGAAACGUGUGAGUGGCAGUGUGUCAACCUGCCAGGCUCUCACCGCUGCAUCUGCCCCAGAGGAUACACACUCCACAGAGAUGAACGACGUUGCAAAGACAUUAACGAGUGCAGUCGUAAAAAUGGAGGCUGCUCUCACCUGUGUUUGAACCAGAAAGGUGGUUAUAAAUGUGCCUGCCCAGCCUCCCAUCGCCUCUCCCCCUACAGCUGGAAGAAAUGUGUACCGAGGACAACAGCGAACACUGCUGGCUGA